CGCAGGAUAUCGAUUAUCAACGGGAGAAGGUCAAGCAGUGAAACUGACAUGAUCAAUAUAAAAUUGAGGAAGGUGGCAGUGGAUGUGCUGGAGUGGAACCAUGAUGAGGUGAGGUUUGCAAUGGAAGGGAAGCUCCUGUACACUCAGCCCACAGAUAACAACUGGCGUCGCGGUCGCACAAUCAAACUGAGCCCAGUCAACGCCAUGUUGGUCACCCUUGGCAAGCCCACGGAAGACUAUCAACCAGAUUCUGAUGAGAUCUUAGCGUUUCCAAGGAAGAACGGAAUCAGAGAUGCCACUCUGCUGUUGGUUAGAGAGAAGAGCGGACGAUAUGGACUACUAAGGGAGCCUCUGUUCCUUGACCGGUGCAUCAUCUGUUCUGAGGCUGAUGUGGAGGACUACUUCGAAGUUCAGGAGCUUGCUACCAAAGACACCUACUUGUUCAAGGCAGAAGAUGGUGACCAGGACAAAGCGGUGGUUCCGACAACUCCAGUACCACGCGCAGGGGCUGGGAGCUUGGCGUAA